AUGUCCGAGCGCGGGGACGGUGCGGAUGGGCAUCGACGACAGCCAGGACAGCCAGCAUACUAUCCCAAACAGAGUCCACCAGCGAGCGCGAUCCCUUUUCCAGACGGGAGCAGCCCCAGCUCGUCUCCUAUAGGCCGCAGCCAGGCCACACCCACAGGUCUCUCCUCGUUUUUUGCAAAAGGAGCCCGAUUUUUUGGCAAAGGAAACCAAAAUGCAAAGCCCCCCGGCAGCCCACAGCAGCCACUCGACCCAGCGACGUCGGACAGUCCACCGCGUCAGAGUAUGUCACGGCCGCGUCAGAGAAACAUCUCAGGUCCAACGAAUAUGAGACUCACAAAGACGUCGACGUCGAGCAAUCCAUACGCGCAGGGCGGCCAUCAAGCGGCACGAUCCGUCGCAGAUCUUGGAGCGGGCCGCAGGAGCAACAGCGAGGCACCUCCAUUGCCAGAACGACAGGGUAUUGAUGAACUUCGCAAGACAUCGCACAAACCCUGGGCGCACUCGGCAGAUGACUUGAGCGCGAUGCUCAAUAGCACCGAGGCCUCGGACGCGUACGCUCCAACACCUACGGACAGAAGUCGAAGGCCGGAAGCACCCAUCGAGAGGGCGCGCAAACCCUCGAAUGGCCUCCGUAUCGAGGCGUAUCGCAACAAUAUGCUCACUCCUUCGAAUCCUGGCACUCCUACCCUCCCAUUGGACGUCCCCUCGCCAUUAACCAGCAGAAGUGGUGCCCACUCUGCUAGCUCGUCGCCUAUGAAUCCGACAUUUCCGACCUCUGCCCAAGAACGCACCAAUUUUGCUUUCCCACCAUCCGGCUCUUCGCCUGUCAUCGGGUCGUCUUCCAUGGCAUCUACCACGAUUCACAAUCGGUCAAAUUCAUACAAUGCACUCUCUGCAGUCAACAACGCGCCUCAACAGCAAGAAAGCAGGCACAAACCCAACGCGAGUGGGAACAUUCCGACCUUUGCCUUUUCGUUUGGCGGCGGAAAGGCACCCCCGACAAGUCAGGCAAAGGCUGAGCAGGAGAACCGCAGAGCCUCUCAGAUGAUUCAUCACUCUGGGUUCCUGAACCGAAACGUCGGCACGGGUCUUCGCAACCUUUCCAAAAACUGGAAAGCGUACAAGGCCGAAAUCAGAGGACCGAAGCUCUACUUUUACAAGCCGACUGGUGAGAAAGCAAAUGCUAUCAAGGACCUCUUCCCUAUCCAGUUCGGACAAGAGGGUCCCGAAGAGCUUGAACCUCCCAGUCCUGGAGUUCACGACCUCUCGGAUACUUCCAGUACCAGGGGUGAAGGGCGGAAAAGGCGUCUAUUUUGGGGGCCUGGCCGUCAUCCCGACAUCCUGUUGGAUCAUUCUGGGAUCGUCGUCGGUGGUUCCUUUGAAGCGCUCCUUUACGAGGUUGUCUUUGCGGCAACAUUCCCUAAUGACCUCGACUGGGAGUGGAAACAAUUCUCUCGACGCACGCUUCUUUCUAUGCCCACCACUAUGGGUCAAGAUCAGUUCGAGGUGGACUUCCAGGCCGCUCUCGACCGUUACCUGCGCUACGCCGAAGACGAUGUGCGACAGCACAGACAAGCGAGGGUCGAAUGGAUACUGACUCUUUACGCUGAAUAUUAUCACCCUCACGGAUUCCCUCCCAACCUUCAAACCUUUGUCCACUCCUUUUCUCUCACGAUCACGCCUCGUCAGGCCCAACCCCCGAGUUUCAAGUUGCCGCUACCAACGUCACCGAUAAGAGCGCCCAAGUCGCCAACUGAAAAGCCCGCGCUUAAGCCAAGUACAUCCUACUCGAGUGACGCCGGAGAUAAUGCGCACCCGGGUCUGUUGGCAGACCUUCGUUACAAGGGCACGAUGAGUCGAGAACGACUUCUGUCUAUUGACGUUGUCACCCUCGCACAGAGUCUCGAACUCUUGGUCAUGAAGGAUGCCAUCAUGUCGCGAGGACUCGUUACUGCGCAUCCCAUUCUAAGCUGCAUUCAGAAUCAAAGUCCUCCUUGGCCAGCUUUUUCCGAAAGCAGAGCCCGACCGCAUUGGCUUACGCACUUUAUCGUCACUCAGAUUGUCGCGCGAUCAGACGGAUCAGUGUCGUAUUCUUCGACACAUACACGGGCCAGUGCCCUCGGCAAGUGGAUUUGCGUGGCGGAUCACGCAAGGCUCACCGGAAACGAAUGCGUUUGGCUCGCCAUUAUUACUGCUCUUGUCUCGAAGCCCAUUGCACGUCUCGACAAGGCGUGGCGUCGGGUGGAGCCUCGUGAGCGACAGAUACUCGAGGCAUGGGUCCCUUGGCUUACUGAACCAUCUCGAAGAUUUCAGAAGAAUGUCCAGCAACUCCAGAAUCAACGCCCCUGUGAGAUUGCGACAUUCAAGAACAUUCUGGACACGAUUGAGACCGUCCAAGACUAUUUUGACAAGGUUUCUGUGGACGAUUUUGAAGUCUCCAGUCCAGACGUACUUGAUCUGUUCCAUUUGUGGGAGUUUAUUUCAGCUCGAGACAUCCUCUCCAUCAAGCCAAUCGAUGAGUACAUCGCAGAAUCCUUGCAGGCUGAGCCAGUGCAGUUUGGUCGAUUGGCACAAUAUUUCCACCAACCAAGAAGCGCAAGCUACCAUCUACAUGCCCUCGUUCCUUUUGCCUUCCCGGAAGCGCUCCCCUCCCUCGCCUUUUUAGAUCGAUCUGAGCUCGUUCGAAGUCGCAAAGACAGUUUUGAUAAACAAGGCAAUCCGACGCCACACGACUUCCAGAUCGAACACUUGGAAAGGCUCAAAUUCUUCCCCUCGGAGCAAAUGAAGUCUCACUGGAGUAGUCGUGAAGGGCUUGAACUGGACAAUACGACCUUCCGCCUCUUUGCGGGAGAGCUGAUUGUCAGAGUCGUAAAGGAAAAGCAGUCGACUUCGCGUCCUACAAGCCUCUUGGACAGUGGAGCCGUCUCUCUGUCUCGAAGGCCGAGUCGUGCGCCUUCCAUUCGCGUAAAGCCACAGGCAGCGUCGACUUUGGAACGCAAGUCGAGCAAUGCGAGGCGGCAGUCGAUGCCUCUGCUCAACAAUGGGCGGCCCAAGGCUGCUCAGGCGGAAGGCGUCGCACAGUCUCCGGCAGACCCACAAGUUCCAGUAGUGAUUGUUGGGGGUACGAUCGAGAAGCUAGUCGAUGUUCUCGUCAGAGGACUGGAUUAUGUUCUCGCGGCUACAUCAGACGACAAUGGGGAGAUGGCGCUGACGGAUCGCAGAGCGAGAGGACUCAAGCUGGAUCGUGAUGACUAUUCACGGACAUGGUGGAGCACGUAUAGAAGUUUUAUGACACCAGAGACUUUCAUUGCGAUGCUGCGCAGGAUGUAUCGCACGACCAUUACACCAGCAACAGUUACACUGAGCUCACAAGAGCUCGUUGCCGACGCUAAUCUUCGGAUGGCCAUCCUUACUGUCGUCAAUGAGUGGCUCAUGGACGGUGGAGGCGUCGUGGAUGUUCUUGACCAGCCUGACCUCUAUUAUGAAGUCGAUUCUUGGCUGACUAACGAGAGGGAACAGGCUACGCCUGCGGCUGCACUUACCAAUGAACAAGAUCGAGUGACAUGGAAGGAAGUCGAAGAUGCGCGGAAGACGCUUUAUACCAUUUUCAGAAGACAGACCAAGCGUCCGCCUCUACGACAUCUGUCGGCCUAUGAAAGCGGCGCGUACGAGACUUCUGACCGUGCUUAUGGUCCCAAGCUCCCGGAUCCCGACGCACUGUCACCGCAGCAACUCAUCGAACAGCUCGAUGCGAUUGGAUCCGUCGGUAUUAGAAUGCUGCAAGCAGAGGCAAGUCCAUUGGAUCUUGUGUCGUGUAUGGAGAUUCUCGAGAUUCAGUCCAAAGAUAAAACGGGCUGGAUACUGCUCACUGACCUUCCGACGCUCUCGCAAGACGAAAUGAUUAUUCAGAAUAUCUAUAACCAUCUCACCCUUGUUGAACCAUCGCCAUUAUUAUCAGAUUUCCCACCAACCCCGCGUCUCAUCAAUUUGGCGCAACCAUCGAUUCGUUCCAUGCUUCACUGUUUUGAUCAAGCUCGUAAAUGGGCCACCGCCGUUUUAGCCCAGCCAGCCAUUCCUAUAGAAAUGCGCCAACGGAGAAUGGAGAAGUUUUUGCAGGCUCUCGAUCUCUGCAGGGCGCUCUCCUCGAAGACAGAUGGUGUAGAGGACGGGGCUCCGGUGAUUCGCUCCUUUGUGGAGACUGUCCUCACGGCUGCGAUACUCAGUCCGGAGAGCAGAAUGUAUCACCGUGCCUGGUACCACACCGCUGCACAACGCCAAGUGGCCCUUGGUAAUCAAGUGAUCAACGUAGACUCCCUGGAAGCACUCGUCCGACCGGUCAGCCGGGACCAACUCCCCUUCCAACCAGGUUUCAAGCUAGCUGUCGACUUUGGCUGGAUGGUGGAACGACUGCUCGAACUCAUCAGCAUGCCAGACUCGUUGGUGAAUACUACGGACGCGUUGGGCCCUGUCAUUAACUUCGAGAAGCGAAGGCAACUGCAUACCUUCAUCCUCAACAUGCCUACACUUGCCAUGACGAGGCCUUCCAAGCUCCGAAGUCAGCUGAAUUCGAUGGACAUGAGCCGCCUGUCACGAAUGCACGAAUGGGCUGUCGAAAUCCUAUUCGAGAGCAACGGAAACGUAGGAAUAUCUCAGAAGAUUAAAGAUGAAGCUUCUCGAGAGAACGCGUGGGCCCCUUCUGGAGCGACAAGUCGAAAGUAUCCUCGACCUUUUUCCAAAGUCGUCUUGCUGCAGCAAGAGAAGAACAAGCGAGAUCGACAUAUCCGCGAACGGUUGCUCCGAGAAAAGCGAAUGGAGCAGCAUAAAAAGGAGAAGCAAGGUGUCCCGUACGAUAAGGCGAUGGAGGUGGCAAAGAAGACGAAGCAGGGCAAGCGCACAAGUCUCAAUCCAUUUAUGCGCGUCGUUCGUCCGCUAUCAACAGCAUUUCCUUUUGGUGGUGGACCGAUCACCGAAUCAAUGGAUGCCAAAAAAUGGACAUUGGAGGAGCUAAGCGCUAUGCCGACCACAAAACCCGCAUUUACAAUCGACCUCGCGGGAGCCCGAGUUGAGGAGAGCACUAAAAGUCCUCGUCCAUUCGUCUUCUAUAUGGAUACAGAGGAUGGUGCGAGAUAUUGGUUCCAGGCCACGACAAAAAAGGAGAUGCAAAACUGGAUGGCGCAGUUAUCCAAGACUGGGAAGAAUACAGCCGCGAAACGCCGAACGUAUGUCGGACCGCACCUCAAUACGACACUUCCCGACCUUUAUCGGACACCAAAUCUUGGAAGGCAUCCCACAGCUGUGUUUGCGGUUCCUCUGGAAUUCUUGAUUGAGAGGGAAUAUGGCUCUAUUCAACCCAACUUUGUGCCCAGUUUCCUCCAUCAGUGUCUUACCGAGAUUGAGAACCGAGGCUUUGUGGAAGACGGGAUCUAUCGCAUUCCUGGCUCCAAGGCACGGAUUGAUCGUCUCAAGGCUCAAGUCAACACUGGUGUCUCUCUUAAUCUCUAUGAGGAGGACAUUCAUAACGUCUGCUCCUUGGUCAAACUGUGGAUUAGGGAAAUCCCUGAUGGCUUAGUUCCUGGCGAAUGUUUCUGGAUGGUCAUUGAUGCAAUUCAAUCUCCAGAACGCUCGGAAACGGCCAGACUGAUGAGACAAGCUGUGCUCAAACUGCCUCUCGCCCAUUUCAAUGUUCUCAAACGCCUGAUUAGUCAUCUCUGUGAAGGAUGCGAACACGAGGACCAAACAAGAAUGGCGGAAAAGCAAUUUUCCCUCGUGUUUGCCCAGACGGUGCUAACACCACCGGAAAAGGAUGGUGUUAAGGGAAUGAACGCCGGCUUUCAGUGUGGAAACCGGAUCAUCGAGUUUAUGCUCCACAACUAUCACGUUAUCUUUGAGGGCAGCAAUGAAGUUGAAGAGGAUGAAGAAGAGGACGACGAUCACAUGCCUGGCCGUGAACGCGUUUUGGGGGGAGUCGAGGAGGAGGAUGAGGAAGAAGAAGAGAGUAGCUGA